AUGACUGAAGACUCCAUAUCAGUAGCAUUCGUUUGUUUAGGAAAUAUCUGUCGCUCGCCUAUGGCAGAGGCGGUUUUCGCCCAUACCGUUAAGCAAAAUGGUCUACAGGAUCGAUUUGCAAAAAUCGAUUCAUUUGGGACUGGUGGCUGGCAUAAGGGAGAGAACCCAGACCCACGCUCAGCCGCUACUUGUCGCAAACAUGGCAUUCCAGUGAACCAUCGCGCUCAACAGAUUAAAGGCCACCAUUUUCAAGAAUUCGAUUACAUUGUGUGCAUGGACGAAAUGAAUUUGAGAAACCUACAAAGAAUGAAGCCUAGCGACUCGAAAGCUAAACUUUCUAUGUUCGGACAAUGGAAUAAGGAUGGCAAGUAUAGAGAGAUCGUCGACGACCCUUACUACGGUGGAGACGGUGGAUUUGAAUACAACUUCAAACAAAUUCAGUACUUUAGCGAGCAGUUUCUUGAGCAGGAAUUGUAA